AUGCGAAUGAGCUCCCGCCCGCCGCCGCCUCCAUCCCAGCCGCCGCCGCCGCCUGUCGCCAUAACAACCGGCCCCCACCCGCCCCGCGCCGCGCCCCUCGGGUCCCCCGGGCCACCGGCCACAGAGCGGGAAGGCGCCCCGCCCUUGGCGCCCCGCAUCCGGCCGCCGCGCACCCCCGCCCGCCAGGCGCUUCCGAGCCACGCAGAGGCGCCCCCUCCCGCCGGCGACGGGAAAGCCCCGGCGCCCCCGGACUUGACUCGGUUUCCAGCUCCCCGAGGGGCUGGGGCUCUCCCGCGUGCGCCCCGCACCUGCCGGGGGCCCGCACUCGCCCUCGCCGGGGCUCCAGGGAGCACGACGGCCGCGGCCCGGCGCUCUUGGGAGGGGAGCGGGACAUCCCCGAAGGCGGCGCGCUGGAGGCGGGGAGCGGCCGGGGCGCACGGGGAGGGCGGGGAGCCCGCGGGAGGGGGAGGAGGGGGAGGAGGGGGAGGAGGCGCGAGGUGGGGGGGAGCGCGGCUGGCGGCAGGGAGGGAGCGGGAGGGAGGCAAGAAAGUAGCAGAAAGUGAGGCUGGCAGGCGGCGGCAAAGGAGCCGGCGCGCGGCGGCGGCAGGAAGUCUGUGCCCGAGAACAGCAGAAAUAAGAGCCAGGGAGGGACCGCGGCGGCGGCGGCGGCGGCGAGAGCGAAAGAGGAAACUGCAGAGGAGGAAGCUGCGCCGCAGCCCGAGCCGCCCGGCAUCCCCGCCGCCCCUGCGCCCGCGCCGCGCCCCCGGCGCCCCCUCCCCAGCGCGCCCCCGGCCGCUCCUCCGCGCCGCGCUCGUCGGCCAUGGCCCGGGAGAACGGCGAGAGCAGCUCCUCCUGGAAAAAGCAAGCUGAAGAUAUCAAGAAGAUCUUCGAGUUCAAGGAGACCCUCGGAACAUGGAGUCUUGCUCUGCCGCCCAGGCAGGAGUGCAGUGGUGUGAUCU